AUGGACUACAUCCAGACCAGCAAGUAUUGGAAGCGUUGGCUGAGCCUCUCACGUGUGCGGGGAGCCAGCUUUAAGUACGCCCGGUCCUUGUACGAUGCGUACGGCGCGUACUCGACGCCUUCGCAGCAUAUCAAUAACCUCUUGCGGCAUGAACGGGCGCUGCUUGAGAUGUUGUCGCACGCCUACCGCGAAAGGAACGCUGUGGUGCUGCGACUGCCUCUGCGCGACAUGGCCCUGCUGACGCCCAACUUGAGUGCCGCCACGUGGCUGUCGUACCUGAACGCCCACCUCAGCCCGCACGUGUUGCAGCCGGACGACCGGCUGCUCCUGGUGGACACCGUGCUCGGCCGAACCUUCAACGCUGUCUUCAGCAGUUUCCAAAUAGGCACGCUGCUGGAGCUGUUCGGCUGGUGGUUCGUGCAGCAGAUGUCGUUCGCUCUGUCCCGCAAGGCGUCGCUGGCUGUCUACGGCAGCGUGGACGCUGUGCGGAGGUACCGGGCCGCGCACUGCUACUCUUUCGCCGAGGCUCGCUUCAGGGAGCCGCUGCAAUUCGUCCGGGCCGCAGCCAUGGUGACGCAGGGCCGGUCGGUAGGAGCGGCCACGGCCGACGUUUUCGUCCAAGUGCAAGGCGCAGCGCUACGGCUGAUAAGGUCUGCCCCUUGGCUGGACGACAGGGCGCGAGCAGAAGCCACGGCCAUCGUAAACCGCACCGAGCUGAUGCCGAAGGUGUGGCUCUCUGUCGGCACGCGCUCGCAAGUGGCGACCGAAAACCAAGUGCGCAGUUACCAGGACGCAUUCCCUUCCCACGUCACGUCGGCGUUUUCGGGCUGGCUGGAGUCCGCGCGCAUCCACAAGAUGGCAUCGCCCAGCUGGCCCCUGAAUGACUCCCUGCUGCACCUGCACGGUCGCUUCUCGUACAUGACAUACCAAAAUUAUUGGUGCAACACGCUGUACGUUCACAUGGCGGCCGUCGCUCCACCAAUUUUCAACACAGCAGGGCCUGACUCUCUGAACUACGGCGGCCUCGGAUUUGUGAUAGCCCGAGAGCUGAUCAGGGCUCUUGACGCCAAGAGGGGCUCGUUCCUGGACGGCGACCGUCGAAUCCGCAGCUGGAUGUCGCCGCGCAGUCGCAAAGCGUUGCAGGAGAAAGCCACCUGCCCCGGCGGCCAGGAGGCCCUCAUGGAAAUCGCUGCCACUGAAAUUGCGUUGGAAGCCUACAGAGCUGCAUCCCGAUCCGUGAUUCCUGGUGACCUUGGCACUAGGAGCACGCGGCGCCGCGGGAUUGCCUCGGGCAGCGGUGUCGCGGUCAUUACGGAGGACAUGCUGUUCUUCCUAGCCAUGGGACGCUCGCAGUGCGGCGCAUAUCCGCCGUCUCUUCGGUUCCUGCGGCACGUCGAGGAAUUCAGCCGUGUCUUCUCCUGCUCCCCAGGGUCACGCAUGAACCCGCCGCAGAAGUGCUCGUUUUUCUUCUGACAUACAAGAGCUAUGGACGGCGCUAUGUCGUGGCUCGUGCUCAAACUCAAGCUCGUGCCCGAUUUGUUUCGUAUUCCUAGUGCGAUGUAAUUCAAUCGUAUCCAUGCUUCUUAUCUUUUUCAGCACCCCAGACAUGUUGCUUAUAUGUCUGUUAUGAAGUUUCUGCCUCGCUUCCAAUGUACACGAAAAUUACAACCGCAUUGAAAGAAAAGAGUGAUAUCUGAAACGGGCUUUGCUUAUUUUUCAUGCCUUGUAUUUUGUUAUCUUGUAUCUUGAUAUCUUGUUAAAGAGAAUUUCAGAAGAACAUUGACUCCACCGUCAUGCCUAUUUAGGAACCCAAGGAAUAAUUCGUAUUUGCAAUACUGAAAAUGCAGCACUUUUGACAUAAACAGGUUUUUGUUGGAGAUCAUUUGCAAAACUUAAGAAGGCUUUAGAUCCGUGUCGUAAUGCUUCCCCAUUCACUCAGGUUCGUAUCUUUGUCAGAUAUGCCUUAUUUCUAGCUACAUUUGCAGCACAUUUGCUGCAUCCUUGCGCGUUUUGUGUUUGGCGCACGACUUUGAUGCCAUGGGUGCCUUAGCAGCCUUUUUUUUCCACCCUGUGCCUGUUUUUAUCCCAGUUUCAUGGACUGCAGCAGCUGUAUGCUGCAGCAUUACAUAUUGUAAUUAAAGCUGUGAAACUUAUGAUAGUGAAUUUUGAUGCUUUCCUUUUUUUUCUCGUUUGCGUUGCAUUCAGGCAACAGCGUGCACUAAGAACUUAAGUGCCUGUCCUCGCGUAUUCUUUCAUAAUUGUAGUAGUGACGUGUCCCUUUACCAUAGGCUGUAGUCACGGGGACAAACGGCAACCGGCACAUCAUUUGGUGUCAACUUCUCCAGUGUAUCACAAUCUUUAGACUUGCCACCCUGGCAUAGUUGUUAUGACGGUCGG